CAUUUAUUUUUGUUGGUGCAUUAAAUAAACUUGGCUUGUUGUUGUUGAAAUAGAAGGCCCGUUUGAGCCACUAAAACGUUGGCGUGCCAUACUAGCAUAGUUUUAGCCUAGAAACCAAGAGACAAGUGCAAAUUGGCGAAAGAAAAACUGCGAUUCAUUCUCGGGUCAAAAUUUCUGACUGCAAUUGCGUGCGUGUGUGUGUGUGUGAGUGUUGUCUGUGUGUGAGUGACGACAUUGGCAGCGGCAGAGCCAGAGCCUCCUCUCCUCCCACCCCUCCCUCCUUGCAUCGUACAAGGAAAAAAGGAAAAUGUGCCAUGUUGUUGUUGCUGCUGUGACUGCUGGUCUGAAGCCUGUGGGUGUGGGUGUAGCCGAGGAAAACUAGAGGACAACGUGAAGAAGAAGCAGCAACAGCAGCAGCAGAAGACCAAAACGAAAGAAAGAUUUGAAAAAUGUUUAACCGUCAGGGCAGUGGAACAGGCACCGGACAGGCUCUGGGUACAGGCUUAGGCUCAGGCCCGGGACCAUCCCAGAGUCACGGCUCGAGCUCUGGAUCUGGUUCUGGUUCAGGCUCUGGUACCACAGCCGCCACCGCCCCCACUCCCUCACCCGAUCUCUAUCUUCGUCCAUUACCCUAUCUGGACGCCAAAUGGCUGCGCGCCGAUCUCAUUUCGUCCCUGCGCAACGCCUCCGAGGGAGCAGUCCUGUGGAAUCAUUUGAUCCAGGACUGCGAACUGGUCUCCUCGCCCUCGGCCCCCCUUGUGAAUGCCCGCGGCCAGCUAUCCUAUCUGGGGGACGAUGGCAAGCACUACUGCGGUGCUCAGCAGCUUAAGUGCUCCUGCUGCCAGCCAGAGUACUGCGGCCCCCUGUCUGCCUGCAACUGCGACAGCUGCCGGCCUCUGGACUCGGACACGGCCAUCAAGAAGCUCACCUCGGCGGCCGCCCAGCAGGCAGCCGCACACGGCAGCCAGGCCACCGAUCUGAUCCUCAGCAGCUGGCAGUGGAGCCAGCCACCCACCCUGACAGCCAAGCAGGACUGCCAGCGCACACUGAUCGCAGAGCUGCAGGAACUGGCACUGCGGGCAGCCGGCAACUGCCUCUCCGCCCAGCACCUACGCCAGCAGCUCUUCAUCUACGAGCGCUACUAUGUGGCCCUGAAGCGCCAUCGGCAGCAGUCCAGCACCUCCAGCGGCACAGCCGGCACCACCAUCGCCACAACAACGACGGCAACCACCGUGCCAGGUAGUACAGCUCCUGCUGUUGGCAGCCUGGAGGUACCAAUGGUAGAUCCAACCAGCCAGGACGUGGAGCAGCCGGAUCAUGCCGCCCUGGGACUGGCACGCGUGGCCACGCGAGCUGCCCUCAAUUUUAGUUUUGCCUUCCUGCGUCGCGCCUGGCGCUCGGGCGAGGAUACGGAGAUGUGCAGCGAAUUGCUAAGCGAGGCCCUAGAGUCCCUGCAGGAGCUGCCCGAGGCGACGCUCUUCGAGUCGGCCGAAGUGUCCCCGCUCUGGAUGGAGGUGAUGGAGCGCUCCAUCAAAUUCCUGCGCCUGGUGGCCCUCGGGGAUCCCAUGGGGGGACGCUGCACGGCGCCGCUGAACGAUCGGCAUACGGCCCUCUGUCUGCUGUUGGAGCUGGGCGUCCAGAAGGGCACACUGGCCGCCACCCUUGAGUGUGUGGUGCUGCUGCUGGUUCUCUGGGAGAAGGAUAAAGCAGGCAACGACAACCGUGACAUGCCGAGGAAGACAGGAGCCCCGUUGUUGCGCAUUCUGCAGCGCUACCAGAGGAUUGGACACACCGCCAAGGCUGGCGGUGUGCCCAAUGGCAGCGAGUCCUUGUCCCUGCCGGUGGUGAGCGCCACCGAGACCUUCUUGCGGUUCCUCAUGCUGCCCAAGAGCAGUGCGGCGAUUGUUGAUCUGCGUCGUGCCGCCGUCGUCAUCAUUUCCCACUUGGAUCGCCUUGUCCAGCCGCUGAUGCCGCGAUGUCUCGUCCGCGGACACUAUCCCAUCCACUCUAGCGCCAGUGCCAGUGCCAGCAGCAGCUGCAGCUCAUCCUCGCCCCAACAGCGGGUCUAUGCUCUGGGCUGGCCCAGCCUCUCCAAGGAGCAGCACGGAUUCAAUGCAGAGCCAGCCCUGAGCUGGAGCAGCGAUCCCUCCUCGCUACCGCUCCUCAACUGCAAGUUCCAGGUGCAGCAGAUCGUCUGCAGCGAGAGCAUUGUGCUCAUCCUCAGCGGGGAGGGAAAGCUCUACAACUGGCGGAUGUUCAAGCCGGAGACAGAGCCGCAGCUCCUGGAGGAGAUUGCCCAUGAGACGAUUGUCAGCAUUGCCUCGCACUGCGAGGGCCGCCACUUUAUGGCCAUUGACAUCAAUCGCAAUGCAUACUCGUGGGGCAACGGCGAGGAUCAUCGCUUGGGACAUGGCGACACCCAUGCCCGGGCCGUGCCCACCAAGAUCAACUCACUGGAUCGAUGCGUGAAGGCUGUCUUCUGUGGCUGCUCCUACAGUGCAGCCAUUACCUGCAGCGGCAACCUUUACACCUGGGGCCGGGGCACCUAUGCCCGCCUGGGGCACGGCAACUCGGACGACCAGCCCCUGCCCACCGUCGUGAUGGCCCUCACCGAGCACGAAAUCAUCGACGUGGCCCUGGGCAGUGGCGAUGCCCACUCUCUAUGUCUUACCUCCGAGGGCCAUGUCUAUGCCUGGGGCGAUGCCGACUACGGGAAGCUGGGCAAUGGCAAUCUCAACGGCUCCAUGUCCCCUGUACUGGUGGAAUCGCUGCCGAAAGUGCAGCGCGUCUUUGCCGGCGCCCAGUUCUCGAUGGCCCUCACCACCGAUGGGCAGCUCUAUAGCUGGGGCAAGGCCAGCUGUCUGGGCCAUCAACUGGUGGAGCGGAGUGCGCAGUGGUGCAGUAUACCCAGACUGAUCAGCGGUUUGCAGCAUAAACGAAUUGUCGAUGUGGCUGUGGGCGUGGCCCAUUGUUUGGCCCUCUCCAGCUGUGGAGAGGUAUUCGGCUGGGGACGCAACGACAGCCAGCAGAUCUGUCCCUCCUCCGUUUCCAGUGAGCCCCUGCUGCGCGUCCCCAUACUGGUGGCCCUGCCCACUCUGCCGGCCAGCGGGGUGGCCUGCACCGCCUCUCAGAGCUUGAUCUGGACACAAAGCUCCCGUCAGGGUGUACCGCUGCGCUGCCCCUUUGUGAUUGAUCCCGGUGAGCCAACAUUCCGGCUGCUCGACCAGCUCUUGAGCAUGUGCAGCAGCCAGGACAACCGGCAGACGCCCAACCAAGAGUCGGAAUGCAUAGCCGUGGCAUGUCUCAAUCUCGUGCGGCUGCAGCUGCUCGCGCUGAUCAUUAAUGGCGUGGAGCCACGGCAGGUGGGCUUGGCCAGUGGCGGCCGGCUGCUGGGCAGCCUCAAGAGCCGCAUCUUGAGCCUGGCGGGUGGCAGUCAAGUGCUACGCACCAUCCAAGUGGCCGCCCAACAGGCCCUACAGGACGGCUGGAGUGUCCUACUGCCAACGGCAGCGGAGCGGGCCCAGACUUUGACCUCGCUGCUGCCCUCGGAGCCGGGACAGGCCUCCUCUUCGGGCCACCGUUUCAUGACAGAUCUGCUGGUUAGCUCCCUGAUGGCCGAGGGCGGUCUGGAGUCGGCCCUGCAGCAUGCCAUACGUCUGGAGAGCAGCUCUUGUGCGGCUGAAUGUGUGGACGGGGUCAAUCUGCCGCUAAUGCAGCUGAUCACCCGACUUCUGGGCAACAAUGCGGCCCUCACCCAGACGCGUUUCACGCCCACCUUGGGCAAGCAGCAGCAGCGUCUGCUGCAUCAGCAGCAGCAGCAGCAGGAGAAGGAGGAGGAUCAGGAGCAUCGGCAUCAUAGCCAGGAGCCCAGCACAAGUCCCAGUCUGAGUCUGUUGCAUCGCUUUCAGCGCCUGCUGCUAGCCCAUAUCCAUCAGGCCGAUGCCGAGGAGGAUACCACGGGCGCUGAAGCUCUGCUUGACCAGUAUCUGCACACUCUGAUCCCCGCCUGCGUGGCCACGCUGCAGCAAGCGCACGAGCUGGCGCUGCAGUGCCGCGAUCCAGGCGAUCAUCUGCCCUCGAGCAGCCAACAGGCGCGCCACUUGACGCGCAUUCUCCAGGCCGACAUCUCGGACGCCCUGCUGCACGAGCUGCUGGUGGGUCUGGUGCUGCUCAAGCGGGACCGACCCCAGUGUCUGGGCAGCCUGCGCUGGUCGCGGCUCUUCCUGCCCCUGCUGCGCAUCCUGGACAGACUGAAUCGAGCCCUCGUCGAGGGAGAGUUGCGCGAUGGCGACGACAUGGGCUGGCCCGGCAUCAUCUGCCGUGGUGGACCCAAAGGCGGACCACCGCCCGCCGAUCCGGAGACGCACUAUGUGCGACGGGCCGAUAUGGAGAAUCAACUGCUCGAUGGGAGUCGCUGCAUCAUCCUGGCGGGCUAUGUCUGUGAUCUGAGCAGCUACAACUGCGAGUCGGAGACGCUGAAAGGCCUUUUGGAUGCGGGUCUGGGCAAAGAUCUCACGGCAGAGAUGAGCAGCCAGCAGGCGCAUAGGAGUGCCAUGGAGCACAUACUGCAGCACCACAAGCUGGGCAAAUACAUGGCCCAGGCCACCACCGAAGAAAAGGCCGCAUUGCCCAGUCCCACACGACUCACGCACUUCAGUUCGGAGUGCACGCUAGCCCACUUGCUGGGUAUUGUGGCCAAUCUGAUGUGCAGCGGUCCCAUGCUGCAGCCGGCGGAACUGCAGUGCCGGCAGCUGGACAAGAGCACCCUCCUCAGUGGUGGGCUGCAGCUCUUCCAGCCCAGCAAUCCCUUUGACGAGGAAAAGGGCGAGGCGCGCAGCAGUCUGCCCAAUAGUUGCCACAGCACCGCCGGCAAUACGCCCACAGAGCAGCCACCGGCGGCCCUGCAGCCGUUACCCCUCCAGCCGCUGACCCUCCAGCCGUUGCAACCAGCCAGAUCGAAGCUCCAGCAGCGAGCCGAUAGCUUCAUCAGUGGCCUGGCCGAGGCACGGCUAAGCGAGCCACCGGUGGCCGCCUGGCUAGCGCUCACCGAGCGCUACUGCAAGGCCCACAAUCUGAUGUGGCACCAGGAGUUUGCCACCGAGCAUCCCGUCCAGGAGCUGGAGCGUCUGCUAAGCGCCGUUCUCAUCCGGCAUCAGUAUCUGGGGGGACUGGUGGUGAUUGCCCUCGAGGAUUGCGCAUCAGCACCGGAUGGCGGGGAGGCGUCGCGGGAGAUGGCACCGCCCAAGCAGCUGGGGGAGAUCAUCCAGCUGGUGCAUCAGGCCAAGUGGUCGGUGGUGCGGACGCGGCAGCAGCAGAACCGCAGCUACAAGGAGGUGUGUGCCCCCAUCCUGGAGCGUCUGCGGUUUCUUCUGUACGAAGUGCGGCCGGCCAUAAGUCCGCAGCAGAGGGGACUGCGCCGACUACAGAUUCUCCAAAGGCUGCCACGAUUCCGUUUGCUGGUGCGACGCCUGCUGCAGGAGCUGCGCUCGUCCCGGAAGCCGGCCAAGCCGGAGGAUUUGUUGAAUGCCACCAUCCAGCAGCAGCAGGAAAAGAAGCCGCCACCGCCGCCGCCAAAGCAGGAGGAGGAUGAGGAGGAGGAGAGCGAGAGCCUGCUGCGACGCCUCAACGAGCGGAAGAUCCAUGGCGAGGGCGAGCUGGACGGCGUGCUGAUGCAGGACAUUGUGGACUUUGCCCUCCAGGACAGCUGCGACGUGGAGACGGCCCGCCGGGCCAUGUACUGCCAGAUGCAGCGCUUCCAGCUGCGUCUCGCUGGCCUCCAGCUGGUCCAGCAGCUGCUCGAGCUGCACGGCCUCCUGGAUGCGGCCCAAUACAGUCUCCUGAAUGGGUUCCUCGGCCUCCACCUGAAGCCGUCCUCAUCUGCAGGAUCAUCGGCAUCGGGCAGCUCCCUGCAUGUCUUGGGGCAGCUGAAUAUGGUCAGUGCCUAUCAGAAGGCCAGACUGUUGCUCUCCCAGGCCCGCGUCCUCGACUGGGCCGUGCGUGAACUGCGGCGUCUGGUCAACCAGGAGCAGCAGGGCUCCGCCCGCGGCAAGGACAGCUCCAACCUGAGUACCUAUGUGCUGCUCAAGCGCCUGCCGCGUGCCCGUUUCCUGCUGAGCGUCUUCGGUCUGCUGGCCAAAGAGCUGGGCCCCAACGAGCUGGGGCUGCUCAUCAACUCUGGCCUCCUGGGCACUGUGCUCGGUCUACUGGCGCAGACGGGCGGCGAGGGCAUAGCCGGGGGACAGCCGAACACCGAGCUAAGCGUCCUCUACGAGGACAGUGUGAUGAAGCAAAAGUCGAGCAAGGCGCAGCUGAGUGGCCCCGAUCUGGCCAAGCUGAUGAAGAUUGGCACACGGAUUGUCCGCGGCUCGGACUGGAAGUGGGGCGACCAGGAUGGCAAUCCGCCAGGCGAGGGUCGCAUCAUCAGUGAAGUGGGCGAGGAUGGAUGGGUGCGCGUUGAAUGGUACACGGGUGCCACCAACUCCUAUCGCAUGGGCAAGGAGGGCCAAUACGAUCUGCAGCUGGCCGACAGCGCCCUGAACGUGGCCUCACCGACAGAGCCAGAGCGCGAGGAGCUGGCCGGCACAGAGGCCUCGCCCAGCAGCGAAUCCCAUCCAUCGAAACUGUUGCGGCACUGUGCGGCCAAGCUGCUGCAGAUACUGGCCGUCGGGAGCGGCCUGCAUGGCGCCCACUUGGACAGGCAUGCGCUGCGGGGCGUCACAUGCAUGUUCCGGGCGAUAAUCGAUCCGAAGCCAGCCAUGGAGAACGUGGCCAGCUCUCUGGGCUGGCUCAAUCUGGGAUUUAUACGAGCCAUAGCGGGUGACUGCCCGCGUCUCUGUCUAGAGCUGAGCACACCCGGUUGGCUGGCGCACUAUCUGGAGCUCUUGGAGCAGCCGGCGGGCAGCGAAGCGGGCGUCUACAGGCAGCUCCACUGUCUGCGAUUGCUGCAGUGCAUUCUGGCUCAGUGGACAACGGAGGAGGAGCCGCGCAUGGGUAGUCUAGUGCGCCAGCUAUUUGCCACUCUCGGCAGGAUUGCCCUGCACUGUCCCGGGGAUGUCACGCUCCAGCCGACGGCCGAGGGAAAGGCCCGCGUCCUGCUAACCGCCUCCCACUCGGGCAGUGUGGCCGAGGAGCUUGUCUCGCUGCUGCGUCGCCUGCACACGCUGCCCCACUGGAAUGCGGUGAUCAAUUCGUUUCUGGCCCAGAAACUGUGCGUGGCCGCCGAGCUGCUGGGCGAACAGCAAUCCUCCAGUCCCCUGGAUAGCGAACAGAUCUUCGUCCUCGGCGUGCUCAGUGCCAUGGGCGGCUGCGAUCUGCGUCCCCGCGUGGGACUGCACUGCUUCAACGAGGGCAGCCACAUGAUCAUUGCCAGCUUCACGCAUAAAGGGAGAUGCCUGCUGGCAGCCUCCUCGCAGGGAGUCGCCCAGGGAGGAUCUGCCACUGCCGCGGCCGCUGCCACUGCCACUGCCACAGCCACAGCCACAGCGGGAUUCGUGAAGGUGCCGCUACUCUCUGUGAUGCCACAUCUGGACCACAGUGUGUUCAGUCUUAGCCGCCUGCCCAUGAACGAGAUGUUGCUGAAUGCCUGGACUGUGCUCCUCUACGGCCCUGCGACGGAGGCGCGCGAGUAUCCCCCCUCAUUCAAUGCCUCGGCGGAGGGACGCCUGGAUCUGGGCCAUCUGAGGGCACAGCAGCUGCAUCUGGCCGUGCUGCACACGAAUAGCGUUCUGUAUCGCCACCAGGCGGCUCUGCGACGUAUCCUCAAGCAGCGGGCACCGGGCAUCUACGCGGAUGAUGUGGAAACCGACACAGACAUAGACCGAGACCGAGACCGCGACAGAGACAGGGAGAGGGAGGCAGAAGAAGGGAACGAACGGGAGCAGCAGGAUCAUACCGAACCGGAGGAGCACUCAGAGCAGGAGCAGGAGCAACAACAGCAGCAACAGUCAGCAGGAGAGAUAGGCAGUGGGAGAGGCGGCCAGGAGGCGCAGCUUUUGAUCCAAUGCAUCCUGUUAAGAGCCACCCAGGCCUCGCCCGUGAGGGCCUGCUACACCUACACGGAUCUCUCGACGGCUGCCCUCAACUGUGUCCAGUCCCUGGCCAGUCAGGCGCAUCUCGAGCUCAGCGAAAGUGAGGCCGAGGGCUCUGUACCCUCGCCGGCCAUGGCCACACCGCCACAGCCCACAAUGGUGCACGGAGUGCCGGUCUACAACGUGUUCAAGGCAGCCACAGCCACAGCAACGAUAGCAAAAGAGGUAGCCACCAAAUGGCCCUCCCAAGUGGCGGCCACCGAUGCGGAGCUAAUCAACCAAAUCAUGGACAUGGGCUUCCCCAAGCGAACGGUGGAGCUGGCCCUCAAGCAGCUGUCGCUGCAGGCAGAGAUUAUGCCCACGCCCGAGCAGAUUGUCCAGUGGAUACUCGAGCAUCCGGAUGUGUGUGCCAAUACCAUCGAGGAAGAUCCCCUGCCCCAGGGCAGUGGCACUCACGAUCCCGAAGCAGACUCGGACAAUGAGUCGCCCAGCAGUCUGUCCAGCAGCUCCUCCGCCAACACCUCGGCCUCCUCGGACACCGUUGAGGGCCAGCCAGGAGCAGCAGCAGGGACAGGGGCAAGAGCCAGUGGUGCCGCUGCAUCCGCCGUCGUCGCCGUCGCAUCACCGCCGCCCGUGAGGUUCGAGGCACGCAAGGAUUUCCAGACGGCCGAUCAUUAUGCGCUAUAUGUGCGCGGCCUGGUGCGUCCGGGGAUGACGGUGCGCUGCUGCCGGGACUUUGAGGAGAUCAAACAGGGCGACAUGGGCACCGUGCUGAUCGUGGACACCGAGGGUCUGCACGACCUCAACGUACAGGUUGACUGGCGCAAUCACGGCAGCACCUAUUGGGUCUGCUUUGUUCACAUCGAGCUGGUGGAGCCACCGCUUGGCUCUGGGCCACGCGACCCGAUGUCCGCCCACCUCCUGCAGCCGCGUCCGCCGCCCAUUGUGGUUGGUGCCCGGGUCCGGCCACGCUGCUCCGCCCGCUAUGGGGUCUUCAACCAGAUGCGGCUGGGCCGCACACAGCGUACGGCCGGCGUGGUCACAGCGGUGCGGGGCAAGCAGCUGACAGUGGACUUUCCCGACCAACCCGGCUGGCAGGGGCACAUCAACGACGUGGAAAUGGUGGCCCUGCCCCCAACACCAGCCCCAAUUGCCGCCGAUCUGCAGUGUCAGCCGGCGCCCAGCGAUCUCAUCGAGGACUGGUCCCGCUGCAUUCGCUCGCUGACGGUCAGCUCCAAUGAGGCGGCGGCCAAGCAUCUGCUGGAUGGGAUCGGCCAGACGUGGCAGAGCUGCUCGAGUGGGCCGUGUCGGCAUUGGAUACGCCUGGAGCUGCACGAUCGGAUUUUGGUGCACAGUCUGGCACUGACGGUGAGCCCCGAGGACCACUCGCACAUGCCCUCGCUGCUGGAGAUCCGUGUGGGUGAGUGCAUCGACAGCCUGAAGGAGUUCACAUGGAUACCAGUGCCGGCGGGGGCCAGUCGGGUGCUGCUCAUGCAGCAGGUGCCCACGUACUAUCCCUGGAUCGAGAUUGUGGUGAAGCAGUGCCAGAACAACGGCAUCCAGUGCAAGGUCCAUGGCCUGCAGUUCGUGGGACGACGCCAGAAGCCAGACCUGCAGCACAUCCUGGCCAAUGCGCAGUUCCUGGCCUGCGAAUACAAUGGAAUGGGGAUGGCAGGAGGCCCAGAAUCAGGCCCAGUAUCCCUUUACGGAGACCACGGGAUGGCGGGUGCUCUAGACCAGGAUCUGCCCUGCACUGUGAUGGUGUGGGGUCUCAACGACAAGGAACAGCUGGGCGGACUCAAGGGCUCCAAAGUGAAGGUGCCCACAUUCUCGCAGACCAUCAGCCGCCUGCGUCCCAUCCACAUAGCCGGCGGCUCCAAGAGCCUCUUCAUCGUGGGACAGAACGGAAAGGUAUACGCCUGCGGCGAGGGCACCAACGGACGCCUGGGACUCGGUGUGACCCACAAUGUGCCGCUGCCGCACCAGCUGCCGGUGCUCCAUCAGUAUGUCGUCAAGAAGGUGGCCGUCCACUCGGGCGGCAAGCAUGCCCUCGCCUUGACGCUGGACGGCAAGGUGUUCUCGUGGGGCGAGGGCGAGGACGGGAAGCUGGGCCAUGGCAACAGGACCACGCUGGACAAGCCCCGGCUGGUGGAGACGCUGCGCUCAAAGAAGAUCCGUGAUGUGGCCUGCGGCUCAUCCCAUUCGGCGGCCAUCUCCAGCCAGGGAGAGCUCUACACGUGGGGCCUGGGCGAGUACGGACGCCUGGGACAUGGCGACAAUGCCACACAGCUUAAGCCCAAGCUGGUAGCCGCUUUGGCCGGACGACGAGUGAUUCAGGUGGCCUGCGGCAGCCGGGAUGCCCAGACCCUGGCCCUCACCGAGGACGGGUCCGUCUUCUCCUGGGGCGACGGCGAUUUUGGCAAGCUGGGACGCGGCGGCAGCGAGGGAUCCGACACACCGCACGAGAUCGAACGACUCUCUGGCAUCGGUGUCAUUCAGAUCGAGUGCGGAGCGCAAUUCUCGUUGGCUUUGACCCGCGCCGGGGAGGUCUGGACCUGGGGCAAGGGCGACUACUAUCGCCUGGGCCAUGGCGGGGAUCAGCAUGUGAGGAAGCCCCAGCCCAUUGGCGGCCUGCGCGGACGGCGAGUCAUCCAUGUGGCCGUCGGGGCCCUGCAUUGCCUGGCCGUAACGGAUGCCGGACAGGUGUACGCCUGGGGGGACAACGAUCAUGGCCAGCAGGGCAGCGGCAAUACGUUCGUCAACAAGAAGCCCGCUCUGGUGAUUGGCCUGGAUGCGGUCUUCGUGAAUCGCGUGGCCUGCGGCAGCUCCCAUUCGAUUGCCUGGGGCCUGCCCAAUGCCACCCUCGAGGAGGAGAAGCGCGGCCCCGUGCCGUUCGGCAGCCCUCGCGACCCGCUCGGAGGCAGCAGCCUGGGGAUCUACGAGGCGGAGGCCGCCGCCGCUGCCGGCGCCCUCAAGCAGGACUCGAAGCCGCCCAGCUUGACCAGCCUGAGCGAGAGCCUGGCCCUGGAGACGCCAGCCGCUAGACAGGCGGCCCUCGGUCACGUUUUGCGCGCCAUGAGCAUCCUGCAGGCGAGGCAGCUCAUUGUGGCGGCCCUAACCAGCCACAGCAAGGUGAACUACAAGGAGCGCGGAGCGGCAGCUGGGCCCGGAGCAGCAGCUGGAGCGGGAGCGGGAGCAGCAGGAGCAGCGGGAGAGGAGGAUCAGCUGAUGGGUGCCGGUGCCAUGGGAGCGGUUCCAUUUCCACCCGCCGAACCGAUAGCCCAGGGCGGAGGCGAGGCCCCCGCAGAUGCCACCGACGCCGCCCUACAGAUGGAGCACAGUCCCGAUGCCCAAAUAGAAGCCAUCGCAGUGGCAGCAGGAGGAGCAGGAGCAGGGGCAGGAUCUACCCUUCCGCCACUCACCGCCGGACCGUUGAGCGCCUUCCAGAGCCUCACCGGAUCCCUGUCGAUGUCUGGGUCCCUCUCGAGCAGCGCGCUGCCGCCGCAGCACAAGCACUCGAGGAUGUCGGCGAGUGCUAUGUCCGUGAUGGCCGCCACCAUGACCCAGCAGGAAGAGAUGCUGGCCCAAAUCAGCCACACGCAUGGCCUCGACGACUUUGGCGGCCUGCUAGGCGAGCCGGAGGCCAAGAGCCUGGUGGAGCUGCUCAAGCUGGCCGUGUGCGGCCGCUGCGGACCCCCGAGCACUGCCCAGACGAUAGCGGAGACCCUCAUCUCGCUGGGAUCGGGCAAUGCGGCGAUUAGCUCGAUGCUGCUGGAGACAUGCAUCACGGAGCUGGAGGAUCUGUGCACGUCGCGCCACUGCCUCGGCAAGGUGCCGAAGCCGGUGAUGCAGGAGAGCAGCCAUCCGUAUGUGGACAAUGUGAAUGUGACGGGGGCCGUCCGCAUACCCGGGGCGGAGAUGCUGCGCCUCGAAUUCGACAGCCAGUGCAGCACGGAGAAGCGCAACGAUCCGCUGGUGAUCACCGAUGCAGCCGGCCGAGUCCUUGCCAUGCGUUCGGGCCGAGAGUUCGCCCACUGGGCCCCCGAAAUACGAGUGCCCGGCGACGAGCUUCGCUGGAAAUUCACCUCGGACAGCUCCGUGAACGGCUGGGGCUGGCGGUUCUGGGUGCACGCCAUUAUGCCCGCGGCGACGCUCGGGGAGAGCGGCUCCGAUCGUGCUGUCCUGUCGCAGCCAUCGAUGGCGUUGGUUAUGGCACUGCUGGACUCCCGCCUGGCACCCAGCCAGCAGGGGGUGCUCAUCCGCCUGGCCUCGGCGCUGGCCGCCUGCUCGCAGCUGGGCGCCCUGACCACCGCACAGAGGAUCUGGUCGCUGAAGAAACUGCACGCAGUGCUGCUGCUCGACCAGGCGCCCAAGCCGCAGGAACCCACGCUGGCGGGCAUACUGCAGCCGCUCAUCCCCGAGCUGUUGCGGCAGUACGAGUACGAGGAGCCGCAGGUCCGUGGCGGCAUCCAUCUGAUGCAUUCGGAUUACUUCAAGACCCUGGCGGCCCUCGCCUGCGACAUGCAGCUGGAUGACUCACUGCCGGCUCCUGUAACGACAACGACUACGACAACGACAGCGAUAUCGACAACAGCAAUCACUGGAGCCGCUGCCAAUGCAGGAGGAGCCUCCUCUACAUCUACAUCCACAGCUGCAGGCGCUGGCGCUGGCGCAGGCGGAGGUGGAGCCUCCUCGAGCAGCAGCUCCGUCUCCACGGGGGAUGGACACAAGUGGGCAUGGUUUAAGCGCUACUGCAUUGCUGUCCGUGUGGCCCAGUCGCUGAUACGCCGCACAGAGCUGCCGCGUCCCUUCUGCCUGGAGGUGCGCAAGAAGUUUGCCGAGAUGCUGCCCAAUCCGAAUGCCAGCCAGAACACCAGCCAGUCGCAGGCUCUCUCACACUCCCCGUUGGGCUCCAUGCUCAACUCGACCACGUCGCUCUCCUCGAGCACGGCCAGCAAUGUGACACCGCCGCCGCCGCCCCUUCUGGCAGAGCACCAGGAGCUGGCUGGCUGGCACCACUGCCUGCCUUCCCAGCAUCAGCAACAGCAACAGCACCACUCGGAGGCCUCCUCCCUUGUGCUGCUCCACGAGGAUCACACGCUGUUCCAAGCCCCCCACGAUGCCCAGCUGCUGCAGUGGCUCAAUAGGCGGCCCGACGACUGGGCCCUCAGCUGGGGCGGUGCCAGCACCAUCUACGGAUGGGGCCACAACCAUCGCGGGCAGCUCGGGGGCCUAGAGGGGAGCCGCAUCAAGACACCGACCCCCUGCGAGGCGCUCAGCCUGCUCCGGCCCGUGCAGCUGGCCGGCGGAGAGCAGUCCCUGUUCGCCGUCACCCCGGACGGGAAGCUCUUCGCCACCGGCUACGGCUCCGGGGGAAGGCUGGGCGUGGGCGGUGCCGACAGCUGGGCCAUCCCCACGCUGCUGGGCUCCCUGCAGCAUGUGUUCGUCAAGAAGGUUGCCGUCAACUCUGGGGGCAAGCACUGCCUGGCCCUCACCACCGAGGGCGAGGUGUACGCCUGGGGCGAAGGCGAGGACGGGAAGCUCGGGCACGGCAACCGGAUGAGCUACGACCGGCCGAAGCUUGUGGAGCACUUGAACGGCAUGAAUGUGGCGGACAUUGCCUGCGGCAGCGCCCAUUCGGCGGCCAUCACCGCCAGCGGACACGUCCUGACGUGGGGCAAGGGCCGGUACGGACGCCUGGGACACGGCGACUCUGAGGAUCAGCUGAGGCCGCAGCUGGUGGAAGCGCUGCUCGGCUAUCGGGCCAUUGACAUUGCCUGUGGAUCGGGGGACGCCCAGACGCUGUGCAUCACCGACGACGACAAUGUGUGGAGCUGGGGCGACGGCGACUACGGGAAGCUGGGACGCGGCGGCAGCGAUGGCUGCAAGCUGCCCUACAAGAUCGAAAGCCUGGCCGGCCUGGGCGUCAUCAAGGUGGAGUGCGGAUCCCAGUUUUCGGUGGCCCUCACCAAAUCGGGAGCCGUCUACACGUGGGGCAAGGGCGACUUCCAUCGGCUGGGCCAUGGCUCCGUGGACCAUGUGCGGCGCCCCAAGAAGGUGGCCGCCCUACAGGGUAAGAAGAUCAUCUCGAUAGCCACCGGUUCGCUGCACUGUGUCGCCUGCAGCGAUUCGGGCGAGGUCUACACCUGGGGCGACAACGACGAGGGACAGCUGGGCGAUGGCACUGUCACCGCCAUCCAGCGACCGCGUCUGGUGGCCGCCCUCCAGGGCAAGCACAUUGUGAAGGUUACCUGCGGAUCGGCCCACACUCUGGCCCUGUCCACGUCCCAGCUGAGCGAGCGGCUGCGUCCGCUGCCCAAUCCCCCGCUGGAAUACGAUCUGGUCCGCGAUCUGGCCCCCGAGGCACUCCACGCCCGCCUCAUUCUGCUGCACCACUUCUCGGAGCUGCUGUGCCCCUGCCUGGCCAUGCUGCCCAUUGCCGGAGAUCUCAGCCUGGGAGCCCUCAAGGACGUGCUCGUGUACAACAUCAAGGAGGCGGCCUUCCGCAAGGUCAUCCAAACGACGAUGGUGCGGGACAAACAGCACGGCCCCGUCAUCGAGCUGAACCGCAUCCAGGUGAAGCGAUCGCGCAGCCGCUGCAACGGCCUCGCCGGCGUCGACGGCAUGAAGAGCGUCUUCGGGCAGAUGGUCCAGAAGUUGCCGCUGCUCACCCAGGAGGCGCUCGCCCUGCCCCAUCGCGUGUGGAAGGUCAAGUUUGUGGGCGAGAGCGUCGACGACUGUGGCGGUGGAUACAGCGAAUCCAUCGCGGAAAUGUGCGACGAGCUGCAGAACGGCAGCGUACCGCUCCUGAUCAAUACUCCCAAUGGCAGGGGCGAGGCGGGGGCCAAUCGGGACUGUUUUCUCCUGGAUCCCACUCUCGGCUCUGUGCUGCAGAUGAACAUGUUCCGCUUCCUGGGCGUCCUCAUGGGCAUUGCCGUGCGCACGGGUUCCCCGCUGAGCAUCAAUCUGGCGGAACCCGUUUGGCGACAGCUAACGGGCGAGGUGCUGCGUCCCCCGGACCUCACCGAAGUGGACCGUGACUAUGUGGCCGGUCUGCUGUGCAUACGGAACAUGGACGAUGAUGCCAAGCUGUUCAACACCUUGGAGCUGCCCUUCUCCACAUCGUCGGCCCGGGGCCAUGAGGUGCCGCUCUCCACCAGAUACACGCACAUCUCGCCACGGAAUCGGGCAGAGUAUGUCCGACUGGCGCUCAGCUUUCGACUGCACGAGUUCGAUGAGCAGGUCAAGGCGGUGCGGGAUGGCAUGUCCAAGGUGAUACCAGUGCCCUUGCUGUCGCUCUUCUCCGCCGCCGAGCUUCAGGCCAUGGUCUGCGGCUCACCGGACAUACCGCUCGGUCUGCUCAAGUCGGUGGCCACCUACAAGGGCUUUGAUCCCGGCUCUGCAUUGGUCUCCUGGUUCUGGGAGGUCAUGGAAGAGUUUACCAAUCAGGAACGCUCGCUGUUCCUGCGCUUUGUGUGGGGACGGACGCGACUGCCACGCACCAUAGCCGAUUUCCGCGGCCGGGACUUUGUGCUGCAAGUGCUCGAAAAGAAUCCGCCCGAUCAUUUCCUGCCCGAGAGCUAUACCUGCUUCUUUUUGCUGAAGAUGCCGCGUUACUCCUGCAAGGCCGUGCUACUGGAGAAGCUCAAGUAUGCCAUACACUUUUGCAAGAGCAUCGACACGGACGAGUAUGCGCGCGUGGCCAUGGGCGAACCCACCGAGGCGACUGGCAGCGAGGAUAACAGCGACCUGGAGUCGGUUGCCAGCCACGACGGCUAAUGGACACGUCACAACAGCCACAAUAGAGAAUCGAAACUCACAGAGCAGAAGACCUUAGGUCCAUUCCGUAGAUGGAUCCACUCCAAUCCACUCCCACUCAUUCCUUGGAUAUUAGGAUGCAGAACUAAAAAAAAAACCACACACGAAGCCUUCAAAAGAUACACACAUACACAACGCAUAACACAUACACAUAA